CGCCGAGAAAUGACUUAUGUGUCGAUAUCGCCCUCGCCUCGAACCUGGCGCUCGCAAACAGCGCCUACAUACCCUACGCCGUCCCGACGACGUUCGUCGUCGUCGUGAGCUGCGUGACGGCCCUCUGGUUGCUAGUGCGGGUCUUCACACGGGGCAGCCGCGCCAUCUCGACCACGGGAGCGACCUACUUGGAUCUGCACCUCUUUUGCGUCUACAUCGCGGGCGUCGCGCUCGUGAUCGCAAUCGUGUUGGGUCUCACGCUCGGGCCCGACAAGGCGCGCAAAGUUUCGCGACGUUACGACGACGAGGGCGCCGGCGACGACGAGCGCGUCUUUCGCGAGGGCGCGUACGUUCGCUGCGGGCUCCUCGCGUUGGUCCUCGCGGUCUUCGGCCUCGGCGUCCGGCUUCGUAGGGUCGCCGGCGCGCCCACGACGCGCCGGCUCGUGUCGAGGUCCAUCGAACUCACGUCGCACGCGAGUUAGGAUCGAGUUAGGGAGCUACCUCCUCCCCUCCUGCUCCCGUCGUCCCCCAGGCUGCCCGUCCCCCCAGGCUCCGUGGCAUCCUCUAAUCGUCGUGUUGCAUAUCCAUACUUGCUUCGGA